CAUUUGACAAGAAUUUCAAAAAUCAAUUAAAUUCUUGUUUAGAGUCGUUGCCAAUCAUAGUAACGAUUAUGUUAUCGCCUGACAGUCACAGACCUAACAGUACCUCUGCUUCAGAGUCGGAGACCCUCUCACCUACAAACAUGACUACAUCCAAGUCAUCCGCUUCUAACUUUUGUAUUGAUGCUCUGUUGGCCCGAGAAGAUAGACCACAGUCGGCCACAUCAUUGAGUUCAAGUUCGCGAGCAUCACCACCAAUGAGUCCCGAUGAUGCCCGAUCCUCAUCGAGUCCUAUGUCAAGUCCACUCUUAAUGAAUGGCACAUUACAUAGCAGUUCUCGAGGAACACCUGCUGAUAGCGAACAUAUAAGAGGUAUAGAUGUUAGGACACCUCCAAUGUCUCCUCUAUGGUCUCCACGAUCAUCAAAUCUUCAGAUGUGCUCCUCAUUAGCUUCAGGUGUUCACUCUCAUCACAACAACGCGGCCGCCGCUGCCAUGUCCUCACUAUUUUCAUCAACAAAUCCAUCAGCACAUCCGUUAUAUGCAGCAAUGUAUAACCAAAGCCACGGCCCACAUGUCAUAGGUAACGGUCCUAAUGGGCCGUCAUCGGCCAUACCUUUACUACAUAACAGCGCUUUUCACUCACCAUUUCAUGAUAUCAAAGGCCAUACCGGAAGUGGUGGAGGAUUAUCUAUAGACUGGUUAGCCCGCGCCGGACUUCUUUAUCACCGCUCAUCUGGUCAGGCACAGGCGGCAGUUAUCGGUAAAACUCGUCGCCCGAGGACUGCAUUCACGAGUCAACAGUUGUUGGAAUUGGAGAAUCAGUUCCGUAUGAAUAAGUACUUGUCUCGACCCAAACGUUUCGAAGUGGCCACGAAUCUCAUGCUCACCGAAACACAGGUUAAAAUAUGGUUUCAAAACCGUCGGAUGAAAUGGAAAAGAAGUAAAAAAGGUCACAAUGAGACCAAAUCAAAGAGUGACACCAAUAGCAACAACAGUAGUGACCAUAAAAGCAGCAAUUCAUCGGAUCAUAAGCUAAGUCAUAAUACAUUGACAGAUAUUAUUACUGAUAAGCCAUCAAAAACAUCAUUUAAUAACGGUUCCGGCGCUGAGUCUUCCUCUAAGUCAUCAAAAAGUAUAAACAAUGAUUUAUCACAACAAUCGGGAGCCAACUUAUGUCCGCCAGUGUCCGGUUGGACGGCUGUUUCGAGGCAUUUGGCCGAAUGUGGCAGAAGUGCAACUAAUUUGAUACCAAAUUCAUAUCCUAAUACUUCAACAAAUAGUCAUUCAGUAGUAACCGAAACAUUUUACAGGCCUUACGUUAGUUGA